AUGUUAUUGAAAUAAAAAACCACAUAUAAAUUCUCAAUAGCUGCUCUUCUUCAGCCAGUCUAUAAUCCUUAUUGGGCAUCUUAUGGAACAGAAUAAGUAAUCAAAAAAAGAGAUGUAUUAGAUAAUUUGUUAUAAACAGGAAUUUCCAUUUUAACAUAAGAUAAUACAGAAAUAAUCAAACAAUAUAAAAAGGAUCUAAAAUAACCUAAGGAAAUUAAACAUAAUAUUGAGUUCUUCAAUAAUGUAGAAUGGGGUUUAUUGGAACAUCUAUUACUCUUGCGAAAGGAAUUGGAUGACAAAAAAUUUUAGUUUGUUUUCAAUCAAAAUUAAAACUAUUAAACUUCGUGGAAGUAAAUUGGAGAGUUAGAAAUUUAUGGAUUAUCACCUUAUCGUCAUUAAAAUCAUUUUAUUCAUGAGUAUAUUCAUAAGGCUGAGCAAAAUAAAGUUACAUUUGAAGUGAAGCCACAAUUAGAAGAAAAAUCAGAUGUUCAAGAUAAAUCAGAGAAAUUGGCAAAACCAAUCUUAGAUUCCUUAGAAAAAGAAAAGUAAGAUGUGACUGGAUUAUUUGGAAGAGCCAGAAAUUUUAUCAAUAAAGUGAAUAAAUUCGUCAUCAAUGAAAAUAAUCUUAAACAUGAGAAUCCUUCAUUUAAUUGGAAGAAAUAUGUGUUAGAACCAUCUAAAACUGAUAGAAUUUUAGUCAGAGAUUAUGAGUAUGAGUUUGAAGGAAUAUUGACAAUUAAAGAUUCAAAUGGUCAAUAUUUAUCUAAUACUAAAUUCAUAGAAUAAGUCUAACCUAAACUCAAUAAGAUAUAUUUAAGAACAGAAUCUUGGAUGGAAUCUAAAGAAUCAGAAUCAACAUCAAGGAGUAAAAGAUAGGUAUUAACUGAUUUGAAUUGUGUAUUAAGAGGUAAUCCAUGGGUUUGGGUUAAAAAGUUUGAUGAAGAAGAAGUAUGA